AUGAUCGAAAUAGAGUUGAAUAUCAUAAAACUGCAUCAAAUGAUUUAGACAAUCGCGCAAUUAAAAAAAGAACAUAUGUAUAUAAGAAAGCUAGAAAGUAUAAGCCUAAGAAAUCGAAGCCAAUUGAGCAACAACGCAAUAAAGGAUCAAAGAAACUGACUGCAAAUGGCAUAUUAAUUUAA